AAAGCGCUCUGUUCAGCUCAAGCGGGAUCCUGUGUGAGUGCAGGUGGACCAGCUGCAGGGCAGGUGGCUAUCCCCACGCACACACACCAGCUGCGUGUACUGUAUGGUGGGAGGUAUGCAGCACUCUUGGGGUUAAGAAUGUGGGCUGGCCACCGUGCAGCGAGCUGUCAGCAAGGCGAUCCUGAGCCUGUGCCGGCGAGCUGUUUAAAGGGGCUGUGAGUGAGCGAGAGCACACUGCUGCAAGAGUGAGAGAGCGAGAGCAGGAGAGAGAGAACUCACACACACACCGGGGAGCUCCGGGAUUACUGGAGAGAGGUUAAAUGACAGACGAGAGGAGACGGGGGAAAACAAGACCGGCAGCAAAACCAGAGCAGCAAGACCAAAAGGGACAGGAAUCGGAACACAGCCUUCCUCUCCCUCUCCGCUUGCCCCUUCCUCUCAGCUCCCCGCCUUGUCUGGCUUCCACUUGAAGUGCCUGGAAGGCGCAGCAGGAAUUUCCCGGAGUCCUGGGAGGAGGAGGAGGAGGAGCGGGGGGUAACAACUGGGGAGGGCAGGGUGGGGGGUGAUUCUCCGUGGAUGAACAGACGCAGCCGAGGCAACAAGACCCAUGAGCCUGGACUCCGCACAGGCCAGCGGCCGGCAGAGGAGAGGGGGCAACUCUGCCAAUGGAGAGGGUAGGCCCCACUGGGAGGACACCAAGGCUUUCUACGACAAGCUGACCCCCACCAAGAAACCCAAAACGCCAAAGCCGCAGAAUGCCAUCACCAUCGCCGUGUCUUCGCGGGCGCUCUUCCGCGUGGAGGAGGAGCAGAAGAUCUACGAGCAGAGGGGCGUGGAGGAGUACGUCCGCUACCAGCUGGACCACGAGAACGAGCCCUUCGAACCCGGGGCCGCCUUCCCCUUCGUCAAGGCUCUGGAGGCCGUGAACAGCCGGCUGCGGGAGCUGUACCCGGACAGCGAGGAGCUCUUCGACAUCGUCCUGAUGACCAACAACCACGCGCAGGUGGGAGUGAGGCUCAUCAACACCAUCAACCACUACAACCUGUCCAUCGAGCGCUUCUGUAUGACGGGAGGGAAGAGCCCCAUCGGCUACCUGAAGGCCUACCACACGAACCUCUACCUGUCCUCGGACUCCGAGAAGGUGCAGGAGGCGCUGGAGGAAGGCAUCGCCGCGGCCACCAUGUUCAGCCCGGACAAGGCCGUGGAGGUGUCGGACUCGCAGCUGCGCGUCGCCUUCGACGGGGACGCGGUGCUGUUCUCGGACGAGUCGGAGCAGAUCGUCAAAGCGCACGGGCUGGACAAGUUCUUCGAGCACGAGAAGGCGCACGAGAACAACCCCCUGGCGCACGGUCCCCUCAAGUGCUUCCUGGAGUCCCUGGGCCGGCUGCAGAAGAAGUUCUACGCCAAGGGGCAGCGCCUGGAGUGCCCCAUCCGCACGUACCUGGUGACGGCGCGCAGCGCGGCCAGCUCGGGCGCGCGGGCGCUGAAGACCCUGCGCAGCUGGGGGCUGGAGACGGACGAGGCGCUCUUCCUGGCGGGGGCCCCCAAGGGCCCGCUGCUGGAGAAGAUCCGCCCGCACAUCUUCUUCGACGACCAGAUGUUCCACGUGGAGGGCGCGACCGAGAGUGGCACCAUCGCGGCCCACGUGCCCUACGGCGUGGCGCAGAAGCACAGGCGGCCCCCCGAGAACAAAGAGGCAGCCAAGUAGCCCCGCUGGCGGGCCGUGCGAACAGCCCCACCCUGUCCCCGUCAUCGGUGAGACGGGGUUGGGGUGAGUGAACCCCCGUUUCUGAAAACAAACUUCUCAGCAAAGCAAAGCUCAAAAGAAAAAACAGCGUGGUUUAAAACACACCUCACACCAGAGGGAUGUGGUUGGUGGUUUACCAAGAGACCACAGCGUACUGAAAUAGGAUCUAUUUUUUGCAGUUUGGUGCUUGUGAGACAGUUACUUCUUUUUACAUUGUUAGAUGUGUACACAUUUAGGACAGUGCAUCAGGUAGGGCAGCUUUCAUAAAGACAUCUUCUGCCUUAAGUGAGACAGCUCUGAAACAGCCACUGCCCUGGGAUCACUGCGGCAUGAGGCUUAGCCACCUGCGGUGAACACUUGCUCAGUAAUCGUAUUUCAGACGGGCUGCAUUUUAAAAACAGAACGCUGAAGGGAGUGGUGGGGCAGAGUAUAACUGAGACCUGUCGAGGUAUAAAGCUGGUCUUGAGUCCUGACCCCCUGCAGAGGAGCAGGGUGCUGCAGCCACACACAAGGGUCCGCUCAGGUCUCACCCCUGCUUUCAUCAUGUUCGCUUCAAACAAGUAUUCGCCAGAGUCUAGAGCAGCUAGAGAACACGGCCAUGUCGGAAUAUUGCACCUUUUACCGCUGGGGGCAGUGCUUUCUUCUUUAAAUCCCCACCCUGAGAGAGAGAUUGUUUAAAAACCUUGAAGGGCAAAUCCCUGUAUCCUCCAGGGGGGAAUGCUCUGAAGGGGAACGCCGCUGCUCAGAGCAGUUUGAGCAGCAGGCUGUCCUGUGACCUCCGGACCAGACUCCCACCAGCUGACUGCUGCAAACAGGCCUCAGUCAUGAUGACGCUGCAGCCUCUUAGUGUAUCUUGGCCAUUUUACUUUAACAAUACCAUAAAACCUCACCAUCGAUAUUUUUUUAUUUAUAAACAUUUUAAUGUUUGAUAAUUAAUUUUGGAUUUUGGGGUGCAAUACAGUGUUGAAAAGCUUUUCACCUGAGGCUUGGAGAACAGAGAGGCGAAACAGAGGACAGAACUAUGCUAGGCUUUUAUCUUUUUUCAAAAAGAUUGCUGCUUAAACUCCUCGGAUUGCUAGCAAUGGGAAAGCAGCUGUCUCCAUGCUGUUGGGGUGACUCUCCUAGUUAAUCCUGAGAGAAAACUCCAAGAACAUAGUGAAUUGUUUUCAGUGGUUUUAAAGUCUAAAGCUAACGGACUUUGUGCCUGAAGAUUCUGAAUAUCCAAUAAUUGGUAUUAAUAAUGUUCAGCAGAAAAGAGCUUGUUGACUUUUAAGGGUAAAUGAAUGCUCAGCUCUGGCUGACUAGCAAUAGCAUGUCCUGAACUUCAAGGAAACACAGGUGCUGACGUUCCGGCCGAGUACUUUUGAAUGUCUCCCUCUUCUGGCGAAAAGUGAUAAAGCACCCCGGUUUGCGCUGUUUCACAGGCGAGCGGUGACAUUUGAGCCCCACCCUACAAAGCACGUUAAUCGCUACAUUCAGUGGCGUAAAUUUCUAAAAGUCUCAGCGAAGGCGUUAACUUUAUAUGCAUACGGGAUCCUGAUUUCACAGUUUUUUAGAAUGUGAAUGCUUGCUGUGUCUUAACUGCGUCAAAGUAUCUACAUAUAAUUCAAGUCAUAUCGACAUUUGACAACAGCCAUUCUUCUUGUUGUUGUAAGACAACACAGCCCCCAGAAAUAAGGGAAUACUCAUUCCUUGUUCAUAAAAUAAAAAAGGCUGCUGAAUAUGAACAGAUUUUUAGAUUAUUUUUAUUUUAGAAAGACCGUUAGAAAGAUUUGUGUAUCUUUGGUUUCAAAAAACGUAAACAUAACGACUUAGUUUAAUAUUUAACACUUUUUUAACUGCCCUUGUUCCUUAAAUUGUCUGAGAUGAGAUUACAAUUUCUUUUAAAAAAACAUUAAUGCAUUUUGUUCUUUGAGCAGCAAUUCAAAACUGUUCUUUUAUGUAAAGAAACUCAAUUUCCCAAAAACCUCCACGGUGCGCUUCCUCAACAUGCAAUAGAGGGAGCUGGGAAAUGCAGUUUUUUUUAAGCAGGCUGGGCGCUCAAUUUUGAGUUCUGCACUGUAACCAAAGAUAAGUUAAAUCAGGCAAGACGUUUAUCUGUAGGCUUGAGGCUUUUAUCACCUGAUAGUUAAGUAUAAAAGCACUUUAAUAAAACUAUAUAAUAUAAAAUAAACAUUCUUUAUAUAGAUUCUAACUGGACUGGCAUCCUGUCUUGGUUGUAGAACUAGCUUGGGUCCUCCGCCUGGCAAUUUGAGCUCCAGCUCAUCAUCAUUUUCUAAAUUAAGAAUUGUGCGGUUACUGAAAACAGAUGGGUGGAAUGGAGAUCACGUCCACUGCUCUCAGAAAGACAGAGCUCUACAAAUGUAUUGGCUGUAACAAGGCAUGAGCGGAGGGCCUCUAACAUUCACUGUUUCUCUCCAGUGUUAUCUUAGAAACUGAAACACGGACCGCAAAUCUUCCAAACCAGGAUCUUCUCAUGUUCGCAAGACUCUGGGUCUCACGUCAAGUUCUGUGCAAAGCACUGACCGUUCAAUGGUUUCUUGUUAAUGGUUCUAAGCUUUUGUUUUGGAGGAUUGCCUUUGAAAAACUCUAAACUGCACUUACACAUCUCUAAAUUAAUAAAUACAUCGCAAAAUUAGUCCACUGUCUGAGAUUUUAAAAACAUUUCUAAUGAAACUCCUGGUGUAUCAGUUGUAGUUGAGAGGGACACUGUGAUUGUAUACUUGUACGCUGUCCGUGUCUUGUCUAUUUAUACACUAGAUAUGAGGAAUGGCUUCAGGCCUUGGCAGGAACACCAAUAAGCCACAUGACUCCCUGUUCUCCUGUUCUGUUCUUCUCACUUAAUGUCUUCUCUGUGUUUGCAAAUAAUAGCUGUGUGUCUAGUUGUGUUUCGUAAUGUACUUUGUUUACUUAGAAGACGAGCAACUACUUUGAGCACUGUGUCAGCAUAUCAUUUUCUUAGCAUGCAGAAGGGACAAGGGACUGUGUGAUAAUAAAUAUUGGAAAGAGGUGCACUGUG